CCCCAGCCCUCCCCGCCCACGCCUGAUUGACAGGCGGCGGCUGCAGGCGCGGGCGGGCGCGGGGAGCUGCCGGGCGUCUCUGUGGGUCACGGCGGCGGGCGCGGGCGGCCGGGGCGCGGGCGGGCGCUUCGCCGGAGCCUCUCCCCGCCCCCACGCGAUCGGCACCAUGGAGCGGGCCGGCGGGGCGCGGGGGCUUGCGGAGGCCGGCCUGGGAGGCGGCGGAGAGUCGGGAGUCCCCGCGGCCGGGGCCGUGGCGGCCGUGCUGCCGGCGGGGGGCUGCGGGGAGCGGCUGGGCGGGCCCACGCCCAAGCAGUUCUGCCCCGUGCUCGGGAGGCCGCUCAUCAGCUACACGCUGCAAGCUCUGCAGAGGGUGAGCUGGAUAAAAGACAUUGUGGUGGCUGUGACCAGUGAGAACAUGGACAUGAUGGCGGCCAUUGUCCAGCGCUACCGCCAUCAGCGAGUCACUCUGGUGGAAGCCGGCACCACGCGCCAUCGGUCCAUUUUCAAUGGGCUCAAGGCCUUGGCAGGAGACCACCCCCACUCCCGGCUGCCCACCCCCACGGUUGUGAUCAUCCACGAUGCUGUGAGGCCCUUUGUGGAGGAAGACGUGCUUGCAAGCGUGGUCGCUGCUGCGAGGGACCAUGGGGCAGCAGGAGCUAUCCGGCCUCUGGUAUCCACGGUCAUUACUCCUUCUGCAGACGGUUGUUUAGAGCAGUCAUUAGACCGGGCCAAACAUCGAGCCAGUGAAAUGCCGCAGGCUUUCCUGUUUGACGUCAUCUACAGAGCAUAUUGUCAGUGCAGCGACCACGACAUGGAGUUUGGGACAGAAUGCUUGCAUUUAGCUCUGAAGUAUUGCCAUACAAAGGCCAAGCUGGUGGAUGGCUCUCCGGAUCUGUGGAAGGUGACCUACAAACGAGACCUCUACGCCAUGGAAUCCAUAAUUAAAGAUAAAAUUUCACAACAGAUUUGUGUUGUUGCGGACACAGAAGAAGAUGCCGAAUGCAUAGCUUUUCUUCAAGGACUGCUGAAAAAGGAACUUGAAGUUCAAGGCACAUCUGUAACCCUGUGUCCAAAUGGCCAAGAUCUCCAGAAAAUUAUCCUAGGAGACUGCUAUAAUUUUGUUUGCAUAAAUAUGAAGAACUCUGAUUUUCGGCCACCCCGGCAGCUGCUGGCUGGGCUCGCAAGCGCAGCCCCUUCCCCUUUCUAUCCGGUUGCUGUUGUCUCGGUGUAUUUUCUGGAUUCCCAAAAUGUGUCAUUGAGUGAAAAAAUGAAAGAAGUGAUGGAAAUGAAGGAUUUUGCAAAGGAAGUAAAAAAGCAAAAUGUUUUCUUCUAUGGUGUUCUCAUCCACUUUCCACAGGAUAAUCCACAACAGCUUCAAGAACACGUCAGGCAGGGGGCCAGCAUCGUCGCUUCUCUCAUCAAGGACCGAAACGCCGGGCUCGUGGGGCAGCUGCUGAUAGCGUGAUGUAUGCCGGGAACAUGGGCCACGCUCAUUCUGUCUCUCCCCGACUCUGUCCCUGUGUUCUCUUGUUUUCCCCGAGCCAGUUUUAAUGGUUUUUCCCCUCCUUCUUUCUCUUCUAAAGCUUCCAAUUAUCACACAUUUCUAUGCAGUUCAGGUUUUGCUAUUUGCUUAUAGGCAAGAAGAAUCCAUUAAAUUGGAAGCUGUGGAGCUGCUGGCCAGAGAGUUAAUUUGAGGGCCUUUCCUGGGGGAAAGAUCUUCCAAAAGAUCUGGAUAGCUAUUAGGCCCUAUCAAAUUAAUAGCACAAUAUGAAAUCUUUCUUAUAGAAUCAUUUAAGAACACAAUCCUUUGUUCCCAUACUCCCAAGCAAGUAAAGCAGAGGAUUCUCUGACUCUAAGGCCGAUGGGGUUUUUAGGCAGGUUUCAGAAUUCUGCUUUUCUCUUCCAAAGAUGCUUUCUUUGAAUCCUAGAUGAGGGUAAGAGACUUGGGGUGACAUUGUCUUUACUUCUGAUCCAGAAGGGCUCAUUUUAAAGAAAGAGGGGGUAGAAGGCAGUGCACCUACUGGCAUCUGGCCAUCCUUAGGGUGCCAUGGAUGCCCUUCCCUCUCUUCCCCUGAUCUGGCCCUGAGGAUUGCUUUUGUUUUCUGUUUUCCUUUCACUGAAUUUGCUGGAAGUUGAUUCUGACAAUCGAAAUGAAUGAAGAGAAAAUAAUCACUUUCUCGGCAUUUGCCUGAUCUUGCCAUUAAAAAAUGAAUAAUAAAAAUCUGUCCUGAUUAA